AUGUUAAUCAGAACUACGAGACACCUGAAGAAUGUCAUAAACAAUAGGAGUUUUAAUUUACAUUACAGAUCUAUUUGUUUACAAAAUAAUUUAAAUAAUAACUCUGUAAAUAAUGAAGAAUAUAAACUAAAAAAAAAUGGGUUAUUUAAAAAUUUUAAUACAAAAAUUCAUCUAUCAAGAAAUUAUAGCACUGCUCCAGUAGAUUUAACCACUGCUAUUAAUCCACCGAUUACAAAAUAUGAUGUGCUCAUGAAAUUCUUAAUUGAUAAUCCGGCUAUUGAAUUUUGUCAACAAUCAUUGAUAUCAUUUCAUGCAAGUACCGGUUUACCUUGGUGGGCUACUAUUGUACUUGUCACUUGUACUGCUAGAACACUUGUCACAUUACCUUGUGCCUUAUAUCAGCAAUAUAUAUUUGCAAAGGUGACACACGUAAAGUAUGAAAUGAAUGAACUUGUCAAAGAAUUAAAACGAGAAACAAAUAUUGCUGUCACUAUUUAUGGAUGGACUGAAGAUUAUGGCAGAAGUGUUUAUAAUAGAUCUGUAGUUGAAAAAACAAUGGGACAAGUUAAUAAUUCGGGACAACUGUCACCCGAUGAAAGCAAUGAUUCUUGUGAUCUGCCAAGUACCACUGUGGGUCAUGUUGUCAGCUAGUUUUAGAAAUAUAUGCUUCAUGCUUCCUUAUCCUACGCCAGCUGCUCAUCAAACGUUUUUGGAGCUGUCAGUUGAAGGAUUUGGGUGGAUAUCUGAUCUCACUGCUAUAGAUAGUUUUUAUAUUUUACCGCUUUUAGUUGGAGUUUUUAAUCUGGCUAAUGUUGAGAUGUUACAUAUGAUGAGAAUAAAAAAGGCAUCGAAAGUUCAAAAAUUUUCCAUGUGGGUCGGCAGAGCAAUUUCGCUGAUAUUGGUACCCAUCGCUUGCAUGGUUCCAUCAGGUAUGAGUCUUUACUGGACAACAAGCAGCGCGUAUAGUAUCGGACAAAAUUUACUUGUUCUCUCCCCGAGGUUCCGCAGGUUGUGCAGAAUUCCGGAAACUGAAGAUGAUAUUACUCAACCGUAUAAAUAUUUGUACAGUAAAAUAAAACAGCGGAUUGGUGUUAAGAGUUAA